UCGGCUGCUGUGCUGUGCGAGUGUGGUGAAGAUGGCGGAGGAGGAGGAUAGCAGGGCUGAGGCUGUGGCCCUCAGACACAGAUUUCAGGAUCUCAUCUCUGAAUUUAAAAGGAGCUCCCAGUCGCCGCUCGAUGCCUCCAAUAGUUUUUGUCGGGAUUUCUGUGAAGUUUUGAUGAAUCAAGGACAUCAGAGGAAACCAGAUGAAGAUCAGCUGUCUCUGUUAGAGAUGUACUCAGUAGCUAUAGUGUGUUUCGCUGAGGCCAGCCCGUAUCUCUGUCCUGAAUGUGAACACGUCACAGAUGUGCUGGAGAAGUUAUCAUGGAGCUGUCUGAAUCUUCUGCUGUCAUUUUCUGAACAAAUCCCAGGUGCCUUAUGGGAAGAGUUUCAAACUUCUGUCACGGUGGCUCAUGGCAUCCUUCAAGCACAUGGGAACUCACAGCUUCACACCUUGUUGAAUCUGGUGAAGGAGAAUGGUGUGUGGACCAAUGUCACGCUUUGUAGCCUUCUGUCAAACAACAUGCCCGAUCUAGAGAAAGUUCAUGAGUUUUUAGCGCAAGAAGGACCUGAGCUACUUCAUAUGCGAAUAAAGCACCUCAUGAAACAGAAGCUUGUGGAUAAAGCUGCAAGGCUGGCAAAGACGUGUGCAGAGUUUCCCGAAUUUGGAAGAAAGAAGAAUUUCAAACAAAUCUACCUCGUGUGUCUGUGUGAAAUUAAUUCGCAAGAACUUAUGCAAGAGAUAAAGGAGGUAGACUGCAAGGAUGCUCUGGACAUGAUUUGUAAUUUGGAGGCUGAGGAAGAUGAGAAAGGAGCUCUCAGUCUUUGUACAGCAUUUUUCAAGCGCCAGCUUCUCAGUGGAGAUGUUUAUUGUGCCUGGGAGUUGACAUUGUUUUGGAGUAAGCUUUUAAUACGCCUCGAGUCAAAACAGACGUUUUUGGAGCAGUGCAGACAGUUAGCACGACUGUCUGGGAGUGUGUACCAUAUUCUGCUUCUUAUCAAAGUCGUGCAAGCUGAGGUGGACAAAGAUGGACUUUCAACAUGUAUCGAAAUGUGCAUUCAAGCACUAAAAAUGGGAGUUCACGACAGCGAGGAUGCCAGUAUUACAAUCUGCAAAACGAUAUCUUGUUUGCUGCCUUUAGACAUAGAAGUAAAACGUGCUUGUCAGCUCACAGAGUUCCUGGUAAAUCCAUCUUUGGACUCGUAUUAUUCGGUUGAGACGGUCUUCAAUGAACCCGACCAAAAGCUUGAAGAAGAGGAUCCGUUGAUUUUAAACUCACUACGCUGUGAUCUGUUAUUGGCCUUAAAGACGAAGUGGCCUUUUGAUCCAGAGUUCUGGGACUGGAAAACUCUAAAGCGCCAUUGCAUUGGGUUGAUGGGUCAGGAGGCAGCGGAUAUGGUGUCUGCUGACAAACUUUCUGAAAGUGAAGAAAACGAAGCCCAAGAUGCUUAUGAGAAAGUUUUCAAGGAUUUAACUCAAAGUCUGAUUUAUGAGCCUGGUGAAGGUGAAGCGGAAAGAAAGAAGAAAACGGAAAUGAAGAAGGUGAAAGAUAAAGGAUUCGUAUCCGCUCGAUUUCGCAACUGGCAAGCUUACAUGCAGUAUUGUGUGUUGUGUGAUAAGGAGUUUCUCGGACACCGCAUUGUGAAGCAUGCAUUAAAGCAUGUCCAAGAUGGGAUCUUCCGUUGUCCGAUAUGUACUAAAUCUUUUCCAACUAGGGCAGUCCUAGAGCCUCAUGUAAUGUCCCACGUUAAACAGUCAUGUCAGGAACGCCUUGCUGCUAUGAACAUAACCAAGAAAUCUCCCAUCAAGUUGAAAUCGCCGAGCACCUUGGAUAAACAAAAGCACUACGUCAAAACUGCCACGCAAGGACCGACGGUUUGCAGCGAUGCUUCAAAGAGUAGUCCAAGCGCAAACGGUGAAAAUAAAAUAAUCUCCCCGUUUCCAAAACCAUGUGCCCCUAAACAGGAUGUUAACAACACUAAAGAUCUCACAUGCCCCGUUACAAGCUGUCAGAAAGUUUUUAAGUAUUUCAGAAACUUGGUUGCACACGUCAAGGCCCACAAAAAUGAACCGGAAGCGGUACGCUUCCUAGAAGUACAGAGCCGAAAAGCUAUGUGCCAGUAUUGUCACCGUCAAUUCGUCAAUUUGACUCAUCUUAAUGAUCACUUACAGAUGCAUUGUGGCGACAAGCCUUACUUUUGCAUUCAGCUGGGUUGCAAUUGCACCUUCUCCUCUCACGCCGAGCUCCUCGUUCACAGAAAAGUGCACGCCGAAUUUCAGGCACAGUGUACCUAUCCAAACUGUGAGAGGAUAUUCAGCGAGACGUACUUGCUGUAUGAUCAUGAAGCACAGCACUACAUGAAUUUCACGUGCAAAAGACAAAACUGUGCCAUGGUGUUUUGCACUGUGUCUGACCUUGAUAUGCAUCAGCAAGAACAUGCAAAGCAGGACCACUCUGCUGAACGUUCUCAAAUUGAAUCACCAGCUCAGACUUGUCUUGCCUUAGAGCCGUUUCCAAGCCAAAUUAAAGAGGUUUCCCAAGAGCCUAGCGUAGUAAAAAUGAAAUGCUCGGUUAAGAAAAUAAAGUGCAGUCAGGGUUCUGCAGGACAUCCUGAGCAACUUGUAACCAACCCAGCUCUGUCAAAAAGUGUCCCGAUAGUUUCCCAAACGUCUACCGUUCAGCCCCAUGUUUCUGAUGCAUCUCAAUGUUUGCAAUCUAAUCCCGAAAGUCCAGAGAAAUCACAUCUUGAAUCUUGCUUUGUAAAACUGGAGCCUAUUCCUGUCCAGGAUGACGAUCCUGUAUUUGCAAAGACUCAAACAUUUUUAGAAGAUAAAAAGUUGUUUUGUCACCCGUUGAAUCAGCUCACACAGGCCACCCCAGAGUCUUCUAACGUUGAGACGGAUGCCAAUAAAGAGAAACGUCUGACUCACGCAUGUCCGUUUGAAACCUGCACACGGUUAUACAGCACGUCAAAGAGUUUAUCCAGACAUGUUAAAAAUUUUCAUCCAGAUGCAUUCGAGGAGUGGAAGCUGUCAAAGAAGUACAAGAGGAUAGCGGAAAUUGCUGCGAGAAAGUCGUCGUCCAAGCCUUCUAACACCGGUUCCCAGAAAAUAAAGAAACCGACAAGCAAUGUUUGUGACCUGACACAUUUGGACUCCUCUGUUCUCUCAUGUCACGAUGAGUCUGUAAGUUCUUCCUCUCAACUGAAAGAUGCCCAAGGUCAUGCAUCACCAAAUCAUUCAGCGUUGAUGCAAUUACCGUUAUCGCAAACAUGGGCAACAUCUGCGAUGGAUGAUAUGGAUUCAAGUUUUAAUGUACAGAAUCACUACUCUCCCAUUACUUCAUCUGAUAGUCAACACAUCGGCUCAUUGUACCAUUCGGAUGCCAUCAUGGAUUACGCUUCUGCCUCUGUUUAUGACGGCAUGAUUCCCCUUUCCGCCAAUGUCCACACACCCUCGAGUGUCAUGAAUGAAGCUUCAAAAUACGUGUCGAGUUCUCUUCGAGUACUGCAUGCCCUUAAUGGUGAUCAGACUUUUGACGUUGACCUCGGAUACGGUCAGGUCGGACAAAACCAUCCCAAUGAGAUUCCUGUCAGUGCCAGUUUGUUGCAUACAGCAUCUUUGCCUGAUCAGAAUACGAGUUCAAAUUUUUCAGCUUUUCCUCUGGAGACAAACCCUGCAUCGGAGGAAUUGCUGGGAAAUUCGAACCAAGAAAUCUGCACAGCUGCACAGUUGUUUUCAUCAGAUAUCAAAUGUAUACCAAAUCUUACCCAUCAUUUCAAGGAACAGUCAGAGGAUUUCCCAGUAAAGGUUGGCAGUCCUUUGCCCCAAGUUGAUGAGAAACAUCCAGAAGAGUUUUGUAAUCACGAAAUAUCACCGAAAGAUCCCGAAGAACAACCUCCUUCAGAUGAAAAGCCUGUUGUAGGCAAAAAAGCCAAGAAAAUGAAAUCGUCCAAAAAAAGCAAAUGGCCUGCAAUAAUCGAGGGUGGGAAAGUCAUUUGCUGCAGGUGCUACAGAGAGUUCCCAAGUACAAAGUCACUUGGAGGUCAUUUAUCGAAACGCUCCCAGUGCAAAACUGUAGAUGAAAUUGAUCUUACUGCCGAUUUACCGACAUCGUUUCUCGAUUUUCUCAAUGAUCCUGAUAUUUCAAUAGUACCGAUGCCUCUUCCUACAAACAACAUGCAAGAUCACAAAUCCCUCACAAGUCCUUUGCAAAUCCAUCCACCGUUAGACUCAAAUGUCUUUACGGAUAGCGUGAAUGAUACGAAUUGCAACAUUCAUAACUCGAAUGUUCCCCCUCUAGAACCCUCUGAAAUGACAGCAAGUUCAACUUCGUGCCAAUCACCCGUACAAGAGCCGCGUAUAGAAAGCAAACCUGAAUCUGAAAUCCCUCCUGCAAAUACUGGUGAAGAUGGUAAAAUCGUAGAAAUCGAAAGGGCGUUGCAACGUCUCGAUUUAGUUGAUAUACUUAACCAGGACACAUCUGUGUCUGAGAGCGCUGACCAGCAAAGUAAAAGCUCUCAAAUUGAAAUUGGUAACACGAUUAAAGACGAGGUAGAAAAUAAACAGAAAGUCUUCACUAUAAAGCCUUUCAAAUGUAAGGAGAAAGACUGUACGUAUGGAUCCAUGACAAAAGAAGCCCUGUUUAAUCAUCUUUCCAGAGUACAUGAGUAUAGCGAGGAAAAAAUUAAUGAAAUGAAGAAAAACCCGGACAAAUUUGCACCUUACAGCUGUCAUUUAUGUACAAAGGCAUUUACCAGAACCACAGGCCUUAAAAUCCACUACAUGAACGUCCAUCAUUUGUCGAAAGAAGAAGUAUCAGGCUUAAAAAUGUUUGGUGAAAGAAAGGUCAGAAAAUCUAAAGUGGAGUCAGCAGAUGUGCAUUGUAGCCCCAUAACCAAACAAGCCAAUGAGUUACCAGGACAGCAGCAACACAAAGUCAGUCCAAAAUUAACAAAGAAAUCUUUAAGUUCAAAGGUUAAAAAAGAAGCAGCCAGUGUAGCCCCAAAGAAAACUCCAAAAAAGAGCCCCAAAAAAGACUCCCCAAAAGUUUUUAGCCCCAAGAUCAGCAAGACCGUAGAAGCGUCACAAGGAAGUGUAGGGAAUUUUGAUGGGUUUGCAACAAAUGCAAUUGUAAAAACGCUUCAGGGCACCUCUAACACUCCAGAAAAGCAAGAGCCAUGUAAGCCAAGUGUAUUUGCAAUGCAAGAGCCAAGUGUUGUUAGUCCGUUUUCCUUCAGCACAGUGAACGAUCCUGCACAAGCUACCAAAGUUGCAACACCACAGUUGAAUAAUAAAAUCGAGACCAAACCAGAUAAAGAGGUUGAACUUGAAAAGAACAAUAAUUUGCCAGUGGACUACAUUGAUUUAAGUGAUACUCUCCAUUUGUGUAGGCCGUACCGAUGUGUGCACGAAGGAUGUGUGGCUUCCUUUUCGAUCCAACAAAAUCUGAUUCUCCAUUACAGAGCUAUGCAUCAGUCGGAAUGUGACGAAAACACCGGGGCCUGUACGAAAGAAGCUGACGGCUCCGUCCGAGUGCAGGAAUACAAAUGUCAAGUCAAACAAUGCUCAAAAGUAGUCUCCAAAGUUACUAGUUUAUUGAAACAUUAUCUUUUGCUACACAGAUGCACGUUGGAAAAGACUAGCGAGUUGUUAUCUACUGUUGAAGUAGGUACAUUUCAAUGUGACCAGUCAAAAUGUUCGGCUCACUUUACGUGCCAUUUAAAAUACAUCGAUCACAUUAAAAACGACCACAAGGUCAUAAAAGUUUCAGCAGACGGGGACUUUAGGAGGGUGGACCUUACGUUCAGGUGUCAGUUUGAGGAUUGCGGCAGGGUUUAUACAACCAAGUCCAACCUUUUACGACAUCUUAUGAAGAAACAUCAAGAAACUUUUGAUACCUUGAAAAAGAAACAAGAAGCUAUGAACGGGGGAGCGACAAAAUUAAGCACGAGUGCCGAUCCUAACAACGGAAAAGAGAACAUUGCAAAUAACGUUAAGGUGAAGAAGAAGAAGAGUUUGAAAAAAAAAGAGGACAAGGGACAAAACCAUUGGAUGACCUUUGCGACGCCCGUUCUUAAAUCUAUCGAUGAAGCAUCUGCGAUGUGCAAUAAAAGAUUUCUUCUCCAGUACCCUUGUAUGAUUAAAAAUUGCGAUUCGGUAAUGAAUGCGGAGCAGGAAAUAUUGAAACAUUAUACCACUCACGGUCUCACAGAACGCUUCAUUGAAGAUCAGAGGAGCCAGUUCAUAUUUUGCAAGAAAAGCAAAGAGAUUAGUGGGUUGGAAGAGUGCGAAGUGGAGGAUAUGGUACUUGAUGAAGAAAAAACGGAAAAUACCAGUGUUAGUACUCAAAACGUAAGCCAAGAAGUCCAAAUGGCAACAGACAAUGAAAAGGUCAAUGAAAGUUUCACUGCCACGACUGUCGUGAAACAGAAAAGAGGUCGUCCGCGCAAGUCUGAAUCUAGAAAGAAAAUCUGUCUCGAGAGAAGGCGAAGUCUACGAAAAAGCUCCGGCGUUAAAUGCAUGCUGAAAGUCUCAGGAUCCAUACUGAACUCUUCUAACCACCAAGAGAACUACGUAGGGAAUAAAGUGGCACUAAAACUGUAUCGGCCGUCGCAAUACAAGACGUCCAUCGUGAACUUCGAUGGCGACGGCAGAAUACCCGCUAAACGCAGAAAAACUCAUUGGACAUCAAAACGACAGCGUACGUUUCGACCGGUCAUCCGUGGGAGAGAUGAAGUCCAAUGUAUUGUUAAUUUUCGAAAUCCCCUUAAACUCGAAACUGUAAAGAAUGUUAAAAUCGUUAUAUACGAAAAUGUUUCGGCUAGAUCGGAUUUGCUAAAACAACUUCAAGACAUGCAGCCCAUGGUCAUCCUGAACAAACGGCUGCACAGUUGAUGGUUCAGUAAGAGACUGGUUUGUUUUCCUUUUACGAAGCCAUGAACUCAGGACCACAUACUGUUCGUCACAUGCUGCUGACAAAUACAUCCAGUUACACACUUUCACAAAUUUAUAGUAGUUUUAAUGCCUCGUUUGUUAAUAGAAAUUAAUUAGUGUUAAAUGAAAUCCUUUUGUACGAUAUUUUACAUUUUAAUGUGCUAUUUAUGAUCGUGUUUAAAACCAUUUUGUAUUUCUGAUAUUCCUAGAUAAAAGUUAGAUUAGACAUUUUUAAAAAUGUCAAAUUUCAUGUAGGAUGAAAACGAUAAACGAUAUAUCCCUGUGGGAUUUGUAUCAAAUUUUUUGUUGUUGUUAAACAGUAUUUAUUUUUAAAUUAACAGCUGUGUUAAUGUACUUGUCUUCCACCUAAUAUUCAAUUAAAAUAACGCUAAAUGCUCAGUGUAAAUUCUGACAUUCACAUUCACAUGUUUGGGUUUGCAUUUAUGACAUUGUUGUCUAAAAAAAACAAGAAGGGUUUAAACGUUCAGUAAAGCACGUAGAUAACAAACAUUUGAUUUAACUUAAACACAUUUUACAGUUGCCUUUUAUUGUGGCCAGCCUAAGGCCCACCUGUGCAAUAAUCAUGCUGUCUCAUCAGCAUCUAGAUUGUAAGUGUUGUUCUCACUAACACAGAUUUAGACAAAUUUGUGAAAGAUAUUUGAGAGAAGUGGGCCUUUUAUGUACAUAGAAAAAGUCUUAAGUCUUUGAGUUCAGCUCAUGAAAAAUGUGGCCAAAAACAAAAUGGUUGCGUUUAUAAUUUUGUUCGGUGUACAAUUUCUAUUUUUAGGAGGAACAAAAAACAUUUAUGAUAUUUGCUUCAGUCAUGACUAGUCGUAAUGUUUUGGCUCAUCUGUGUAAAUA